AUAUGCACACACAUAUAUGUAUGUAUGUAUGGUCGGACACAGAUUCUCCGUUUUGUAUUUGGUUAACUUUGCCUCGCCGGAAAACAAGAAUUUGCAGAGAAAUUAAACUGAAUCUCCGGUCCUGGCGGGAGGAUCCGAACUAAUAGGAAGUGUUUCGAAGAUGGGGAUUGCUUGGGACGACGUCGUUCUGAUCCAGCUGGGGAAAAGCCCCGGCGAGCCCUCCGUCAUCACUGUCAACUGCCCUGACAAGGCCGGCCUCGGCUGCGAUCUCUGCGGGAUCGUCGUGGAAUUCGGCCUCUCAAUCACCAAAGGAGAUUUUUGCACAGAUGGAAGCUGGUGUUACGUGGUGUUGUGGACUGUUCCACAGCCGAGCACAUUGACAGUCGACUGGGAGAGCUUGAAAUCCCGGUUACUCUCGGUGUGCCCUUCAUGCUCAAUUUCGUUUUACUUCAAUCAGCAGUACAACAGUUCGCUUCCUCCGCCAUUGUACAUGUUGAAGGUGUUCUGCGUGGACCGGAAAGGGUUGUUACAUGACGUUACUAAGGCCCUCUGCCAGCUUGAGCUUCUAAUUCAGAGAGUGAAAGUGAUGACGACGCCGGAUGGCAAAGUCUUGGAUCUCUUCUUCAUCAUCGAUAGCAUGGACCUAUUACACACAAAAAAGAGGCGAGAGGGCACAUGUGAGCAGCUUAGUGCCAUUUUAGGAGAGUGUUGCAUCAGCUGUGAACUUGAGCUAGCAGGGCCUGAAUAUGAAAGUCAGCAAGGGUUCUCGUCCCUUCAAGAAGCAGUUGCAGAAGAAUUAUUCAGUUCUGAGCUGUCUACUAAGGAAGCAUGUUCACAAGCUCUAAGCCCGGAGAUGAAGAAGGUUAAGACAGCAAACAUCACAAUUGAUAAUUUCAUGAGCCCAGCUCAUACGUUACUUCAAAUACAAUGUGUUGAUCAAAAGAACCUCGUCUACGACAUUUUGAGGACUUCAAAGGACUGUGACAUUCAGAUUGCUUAUGGAAGAAUAUCGCCAAGUUCAGGAGGCAGCAGGACUGUGGAUCUGUUUAUCCAGAAAACCGACGGGAAGAAGAUUGUAGAGCCUGACCAUCAGAAUUCUCUAUGUUCUCGUUUAAAGGAGGAGAUGCUUCACCCAUUGCGAGUUACAAUUGCCAACCGUGGCCCCGAUAUUGAACUCUUGGUCGCUAAUCCAGUCGAGCUAUCAGGGAAAGGAAGGCCACGCGUUUUCUAUGAUGUUACUUUUGCAUUAAAGAUGCUCGGCAUAUGUGUGUUCUCGGCUGAAAUAGGGAGGCAUUCAACAUCAAAUCGCGAGUGGGAAGUGUACAGAUUCCUCUUGGAUGACAGCCCGGAAUUUCCAUUGGCAAGCAGUCAAGCCAGGAACAAGAUCGUUGACAGAGUGAGAAGAACACUGAUGGGCUGGUGAGCGUCAACCAUCCAGAAUAAACGAGUUUUCGUCUCGCUGCCUCUUCUGGCAAGCCUUCAGUUGCAGCUAGCUCAAUUUUGCUGCCUGCCAUUCAAAUUAAACCACCUUCAAGUCCAACUGAUCUGUGUUCUAUUGAGUUCAUCUUCAGCUUGCCCAUCUGCCUGUAUGUUGUAGUAAUGUAAGUAGCCCCUUGGCCUUGUUUGCAUUGCAUAUGGGCAAAAUUCAAGCAUGGUCGCUCAACAAAAGUGAGUUUUUGUCCCCUCCAUGAAAUCAUGAUAUAGCUGACGACAAGUCUUGUAAUACCCCACCACAUUCUAGAGUAUCACAAGGGAGUAUCAGCUCAUUCACCUGGGAAGAACACUCAAUUGAGAAUUGUGGAAUAGGGGAUAAUUAGGUUAAGAGCAAGGAUAUGGUUCUCCCACUCACCAGUUGCAGGAGAAAUGUAAGAAUUCUCUCUGAUGACUACUUUCUUCGCAUGUGUCUUUUAAUUGAAUGUGAUCUAUUUAUGUUCUGUACCUAUAAAUGACUUUGAAAUUUCAUUCUAA